GAAACUGUGCGGUGAGUACAAGACAAUUUACCUUCAAUAUGUCAUUCGUAGCCAUACUUUUGCUAGUUGCAGUGACUUCCAUUGCACAAACCCAUGGAGCGUGUGCGAGUGGAUGGGAGGAGUACAACAACUGCUGUUACCUUUUUUCUAAAGCGAAAGUAACGUUCAGCGAAGCCAAUACAAAGUGUGCGGCAGGAGGCGGUGCUCUCGCUGAAAUUAGUGGCCCUGAGGAAGGAGUGUGGGUACGAAAAGAGGCAAAGAAAUCAGGUUUGGAUAAGGUGUGGCUGAAAGUUUCGGAAGAAAUGAUGAAAAGCACAUUUAACAAAAUCUCUAAAGAUUUGGAGAAGACACACUGCAUUUCAUGGACGUCUGACCAAAAGUGGCAAGAUGGUUCCUGUGAUGCAAAGUAUAUGUUUGUUUGUAAGAAAUGUUAAUGGCCAAGUGCUAGCGAGGACUUUGUAACUAAAAGCAAAGCAAUAAAAAUGAAAAACAUUCAUGAAUAGUA